AUGAGCCUAUUUGAGACCCUCGAGAUCUUUGACGGGAGUGGCCGAGAAUUCUCGUUUGGGUACAAGGGAACCUUGUGGGCAGGGGGGAGCGGCUCGGUUGAGCUGCUGUGUGCGACACCAACGGAAGACUGUCUGGUAACUCUGCAGAACGUGAUCUCGGGAAGUGAAGGGGAUCUACGUAGUCGACCGGGCGGAGAACGCACCAUCUCCAAAAGUGGUUCAAAUGGGGCCGCUUUCGGAAAUGAAGCGGGGGGGCGCCACGCCGGGGGAGGACGCGUGCUUCCUCGAGAGAAAGCCGGAAUCGGCCGAGCUGUGGCACCGACGGAUGGGGCACGACGGUAUGAGAACCUGGCGAAGAUGGUGCAAGACAAUCUCGUUGAGGUAGUCGGCGUGAAACCGGGGGCGUUUAGGGCGCUUAAAUUCUCGGUGUGUGAGCCGUGCAUCAUGGGAAAGCAAACGCGGCUCCCCUUCUCAGAGUCGGAGUCGGUGAGCAUGGAGCCUCUCGAGCUGGUCCACAUGGACGUCUGCGGGCCGAUGCCGGUCCCCUCGGUAGGGGGAAGCCGGUACUUCGCCACGUUUUUGGACGACUACAGCAAGCUCUCGGUUGUAGUCCCCAUGAAGCAGAAGAGCGAAGUGGCCAAGGUGACCGAGCACGUGAUUCAGCGGUUGGAAUCGCAAUCCGGGAAGAAGCUUAAAUCGGUCGGGCCAAACGGGGGGAAGGAGUACGUCAACAAAGCCCUCAGAGACGUGUUCGGGGGCAAGGGAACUGUGCACGAGAAGACCGCCUUCUACACGGCCGAGCAGAACGGGUCGGCAGAGCGGCUCAAUCGGCAAUAG